UGACACAUGACGCAAAUGAGACAUGUUCGCGGCUUGUGUUGUAAAAAAUCAUUGUGGAAAUUUUUGUCUCUCACGUCAUAUUAUAACAAUACGUCGCGCGCUUCGGUCAUUAAUGUGCGCACAAGUUUCUCAAUUUUCUUACUCAAGUAACUCUUUACUAUGCUAAUGGAUUGCGUUCUCGAGGAUGUUCCCGCAGAAGACGUACUUCUCUCAACUGUCGAGAUCCUAUCCAAUUUUGAAGCUUUUUGAUAUUUACAAUCGCCAGUCAUUUAUACGAGCACAUGUUUUGGAUAACGUUUACAUUUGCAUUUUAAUGUGCGUCGUGUUCUAUGCGUCGCUUUGGUACGCCAACAAUAUAAUAAAACGAAUCGAAAAAUCGAACGAGGAAAUGUCAAGGACAGUUGCCGAGAAUAAAACCAAAUUAAACAGAUUGAUAUUGCUAAAGAACAAAAAGAAGCAGUUCGAAGAAGUAAUUGUAAAAACGACAGAUACACAAAAGAUAACCACAAACCAAUUAAAAGACGAAAUGUGCAGGCUGAGCGCGGAAUUAAACACCACUUCCGAGAAGCUUGACAAAUUGGAAAAAAUAAUUGCGAAAAUGGUUUUUAGUACAAAACCGCAGGCGAGUCACUUGCAUAUUCAACCGGUGUCGUCGCAUAUUCAACAGUUCGCGAGAGUGAAUAUUCCGAAGGAGACGCGAAUUCAUUCAAGAAGAUCAAGGUCCUCGAGCCGUCGUUUCCACCGUCUGUACCGUCGGAACCUCCGCCUCGGAAGUACGGGAUCUUUGUUAGUCGACCGUUUGAGCAACGGGGAUCGCCGUCUGGAGGUGCACCUGCAACUCCGACGCCAAAAAUCGGACUCAAAUAACAGCGCCUCGGCAGAAGCUUCCUCAGAACCUGUUCUCCGACGUUCUAUCAACAGAAUUUCCUCGAGAUACAGUAAUUAUCACGACGGUGAUCGGAAAAGAUAUUCCAAACGAUUAUCUAAAACACGCCCGAGGCAAUUUUCCUGUUGCAAUGUGCGAAAAAUCAAUCUAGACACUUUGAAAAAUGUCACACCUCUCACCAGAUCGCUGUUAGGACUUGCCACAAUCUUUCUCCAAGAACAUCCUUGAAACAAACCGUUUAAACAAUUAGUUAGUUAGCUCGUCAAAGAUAUAAAUUUUGUUUAUUUUUUGUAUCGUUCGAUAUCGUAUUAUACAGACAAUGUAAUAUUAAUGUGAUAUUUAUUCAUUUUGUUUACUUGCUACGCA